UCUAUGUCUUGUGGAGGUGGGAAUCAAACUAGAUCUCGUAGCGUUGCUAUUUCUGCUUUCUGUGGAGGAAAUUCUUGUGCUGGGGAUCCAACAGAUACUAGAGUGUGCAACUCGUUACCUUGCCCCAUACAUUGUGCAUGGGGAAGCUGGGCACAAUGGAAUGAAUGCAAUGUCACAUGUGGAGGGGGGAUGCAGGAACGUAAACGACAAGUAGCAGUUGAAGCAAUGCAUGGAGGUAUUGGUUGCAGUGGAUUCACAUCAGAAAGCAGAUCAUGCAAUGAUAUUUGCUGUCCUGUAGCAUGUGAAUGGGAAGGUUGGGCUUCGUGGGGGGAAUGUUCAAAAUCAUGCGGUGCAGGUUCCCAAGAUAGAAGAAGACAUGUGCUGGUGGAAGAAAGUUGUGGCGGUGCGACAUGUGCUGGAAAUGCAACUCAAGUCCAACUUUGUAAUGAUGUUUGCUGUCCACUUGAUUGUGAAUGGACUGAAUGGACAGGCUGGGAGAGGUGUUCCACAACUUGUGGUGGAGGUACACAGAGUCGUAAACGUGAAGUGGCAACUCAGGCAUUUUGUCAAGGACUGCCAUGUACAGGAGCCACCAAUGAAACUAGAGAAUGUAGUCUGAACUGUUGUCCAGUUGAUUGUGUCAUGAGUGAGUGGUCUGUAUGGGGAAGUUGUUCAGCUACAUGUGGACCUCAUGGCUACAAAACUAGGACAAGAAACAUAACAAGGGAAUCCCAGUGUGGUGGGCAAACAUGUAGCAAUGACUUGGUUCAAACUUCUACUUGCAACAGAGAAUGUUUAAACGGUGGAAAUGUAACAACAACUGAAUGCUCCUGUAAGGCAGGGUGGGCAGGCGCAUGUUGUGAAACAGAUGUUAAAGAAUGCCAAGCCAAUCUACAUAACUGUGAUGUACAUGCUGACUGUAUCAACACAUUUGGGGGAUUUCAUUGCAUUUGUAAAGAAGGUUACACUGGAGAUGGAAUAACAUGUUUAAAUAUCAAUGAAUGCAAUGCAAGUACAACAUGCCAUACAAGAGCGACAUGUACAGACAACCAAGGAAGUUACACAUGUGCAUGUGAUGAUGGAUAUACUGGUGAUGGUCAAUCAUGCAAUGAUACUGAUGAAUGUUCUGAAGCACAGGAUGACUGUGAUAUAUCAGCUACUUGCCAAAACACUGAAGGUUCAUACACUUGUACUUGUAAUGCAGGAUAUACAGGAAAUGGCACUUCAUGCCAAAAUUUAAACGAGUGUGAUUCUGAUAUGAAUGACUGUGACCGGAAUGCUGAUUGUGUUGACAGACCUGGAAGUUUUACUUGCAUCUGCAUUGAUGGUUACUCUGGCAACGGAACUGUUUGUACCGACAUAGAUGAAUGCAAAGCAAGUCCCUUACCAUGCCACAGUGAAGCUACUUGCACAAACACUGAUGGAAGAUAUCGAUGUGAUUGCAAUGAUGGGUUUAUGGGAGAUGGAACAAAUUGCACAGAUAUAAACGAGUGCAUUGAACCUGAGGGAUCAGCCCCAUUAUGUCCUAACCACUCCAGCUGCAUCAAUACACAUGGUUCAUAUCAUUGUGACUGUGAUUCUGGGUUUAAAGCAGACAUGCUGGGACAAUGUAAUGACAUCGACGAGUGUGCAUCUGCGACAAACAACAGCUCAGUUUGUAACACCAAUGAGAUGUGUGUGAAUGAAAUGGGUAGCUACACUUGCAUGUGCAAUAAAGGAUACCAGAGAAGAACCGGGACACAGUGUCUUGAUAUUGAUGAAUGUGCAUUGGGAAAACAAUGCCGGAACAAUUCCUAUUGUAAAAACACAAUUGGAAGCUAUGCAUGCCUGUGUGAUACUGGAUACACUAAAGCAACAAAUGGACAAUGUCAGGACAUCAAUGAAUGCUUGCUACCAGAUCAUGGUUGCCAUUCCAAAGCAACCUGCUAUAACUUAGAUGGGAAAUAUGUUUGCGAGUGUAAUGGUGGUUACAUGGGAAAUGGUACAUACUGCCAAAAUAUAGAUGAAUGUUUAGAGAACACAACUGACUGCCAUAGAGACGCAACUUGUAGAGAUACUGAAGGUUUCUACAAUUGUAUUUGUAAGCAAGGCUACACUGGUGAUGGCUUAUACUGUACAGAUUUAAACGAAUGCGAAGAUCCUAACAGCUGCCCUGCCAUCGGAUCCGAAUGCACCAACCUACCAGGAAGUUACUCUUGCGCUUGUAAACAAGGAUACUCUGGGGACGGAAGCCAAUGUUCAGACAUCGACGAAUGCGAGCUUGGCAUCGGUAACUGUACAGGGGAACAUGUAACAGGAUGCAAAAACCUCAUAGGGAGUUUUACUUGUACUUGCACAGCCUCUCUCGAGUUCAACGGAAACAAAUGCGCUGAAAAGUUGCCGCUAAGAACGUCACAAAUAUCCUCACGCAAUCCAGAAGCCGUCAAUUCUGAACCAUCUACAUCUAAAAACCACUCAGUCAUGCUUGGUCUAUUCAUCUCAGCGGGGAUGGUUGCGUUCUUGAUGGUUGUGUUCGUCAUUGUUAGGAUAUACAAGAGGCGAAAAAAUAAAAGACACACACUACAAACUGAAGGAGCCGCGAACCCAAUGAUGAAUCACUACAUUGUGGAAGAUCAUUUGUAGUAUGAUAACCAAGGAUACGUUGAACCGUAGUGACGACUUCUGCAACUUGUAUUUUAUUGUCAAUAAAUGUGUCUUGUAUUUUAAUUAUGUUAUGUACAUUAUUGUCAAUAAAUAAUGCAUGAAAAA